AAUAGAAUGAUAUAUACAUCCACACCCACCCACAUAUGUGUGCGUAUAUAUAUGUAUGGACUAUGGAGAAUUUAUUAUGUGUAUAAAUGAAUGAGAUGCGUCCACCGACUUGAAACCCAUAAAAUCUAUUCUUCCUUAAAAGUUCUCUCUGGUCUGGUUUUUCUUAAGCUUAAACAAUGGUGGAUCUUCAGACCGUGUGUUGUAUGUGUGGCGAUGUGGGAUUCUCCGACAAGCUUUUCCGAUGCACCAAGUGCCGAGGCCGCUUCCAACACUCGUAUUGCAGCAACUAUUACAGCGAAUUUGCAGAGCCGAUGGAAGUUUGUGACUGGUGCCAAAGUGAGGAAAGAAAUACAUCAAGGCAUGGCAAUUCUUCAAAGAAAUCUUCACAAGUUAAUAUUCAUGCAAGAUCAGCUUAUUCGGGCGACAAAAUCAAGCACGACGGCGGAGAUGGCGCCGGAGAAAAGUCUGGGAAAAACCCAAGUGGCACGCCCUCUCCCCGCCCCACUACUCGCAGGUACAAGCUUCUGAAGGACGUAAUGUGUUGAAAAUUGAAAUGAAGGAAAAAAAGAAAAAGAACGGUUCUCUCAAAUUCCUUGUGUGUGUGUUUUUGUCAUUAACUAAUGUAAAUUGUAUGUAUUAUAUUAGAUGGUUGUAAGUUCUAAAGCUUAUCUCUUUAGUUUUCGUGAAGUUCGAAUAGUAAUUUUAUGUAAAUUUAUUGGAGUUGAAAUAUUGUCUAUUAAACUCUUCAAAGGGUUGUACAAGUAUUCCGAGAAUUCUAUUCUACAAAUAAUAGAGUAUAGGUAGGGUUUCUUACUUUGUAGGGUUUGUGAUUGUCACCAAAUGAAAGUUGCAUCCCAUUUCUUUUC